AUGUACCUGUCGGACGACGGCGACGUGCUGGACCUCACUGGUAACCAGCUCAAGGACCUCGCCGGCAUUCCCCUCCCACCGACUCUUACCGAUCUGGACCUCACCACCAACCGCCUCGCCGCGCUGGACCCUCGGAUCGGCGGCUUGGAGCGGCUGGAGAAGCUGUCGUUCCGACAGAACCUUAUAACGGAUGCCGCUGGAGCGGGGCUGAAAGAUCUGACCCGGCUGACGUCACUCAAAGUAAGGAGCGACCCGUCCAAAGGAGGUGCCUCGUGGCUCAUUCUUCCCUCCUGCUCCCUCCUCCACCCCCGUUAUAAUCACAUCCACCAAUCCAUGCCUCGCUCCCCACUCUCGCACCCUGCCAACCAGCCCCCCUGCCCUGACGCACUCGUGCUGUGCGGAGAGACACCCCUUUCAACGCGGCGCUACCUGCUCUGCUCCUCUCCGCCCUUCCUGCACCUCCUGCUCGCUGAAUCCCUGAAUCAUUUUGAUGCCCAUUCCCCGCGUUCGCCGUCCGCUCCCCCACUGCCCCACUUUCCCCCCAUCCCCGCUGCCCCAUUCCCCCGUUGCCCCAACCCCCCGCUGCCCCGGGAGCUACUGCUGAGAUGCCGCCUCCAUGAUCCAUCUUUCCCUCUCCUCCCUCUCCCCCCGCCCCCCAUUCCCUCAUCCACCCAUCCCCCAUCCACCCGCGCCCCCCACCUUCCAAGAGCUCGUGCUGUGCUGUGGGACAUCCUCGUGAAGAAGGUGCCCCUCGUGUCGGCCCUAUCACAUCCACGACCUGCCGCCCCUCGCACCCUCCUACCCUCCCACCCCUCUCACCUCUCUCACCCUCUCACCCUCUCACCCCUCUCACCCUCUCACCCUCUCACCCUCUCACCCCUCUCUUACCCUUCUAUCCUCCCACCCGCCUCAGCUCUCAAGGCGCGCUGCGUCUCCCCCCUACCACCCCCCUCACUGCUCGACCUCUCCUAUAAUCACAUCAACGCCUUGCCACCCCACUCACCCCUCUCACCCCCUCCCUCCCCUCCUUCUCUUCUCUCUCAUCCACCCACUCCCGCCACCCGUCAGGAGCUCGUGCUGCGCGACAACCUCUUGAAGAAGGAGCUUGUGUUGCGGGACAAUCUUCUAAAGAAGGUGCCCCUCGUUUCCCCCCUCACCGCCCUCUCGCUGCUCGACCUCUCCUACAAUCACAUCCACGGCAUGGCUCCCCUCGCCUCCUCCGCCCUCCCCGCUCUGCGCGAGCUGUAUCUGGCGAACAACCGCAUCGGGCACAUUGAGGCGCUCGAGGGGUUCACUCAGCUGAGGCUGCUGGAGCUGGGGUCGAAUAAGAUCCGGGAGAUGGAGAAUUUAUCGCACCUGUCGGCCCUGGAGGAGCUGUGGGUGGGGCGCAACAAGAUACGGGAGGUGCGCGUGGAUGGGCUGUCAGCGCUGGUGAAGAUCAGCGUGCAGAGCAACCGCCUCACGUGCAUGCGUGGGUUCGAGACGUGCACGCGGCUGCAGGAGCUGUAUCUGAGCAACAACGGCAUUACUGUGAUGGAGGGGCUGGAGGCGCUCACCAACCUGCGCAUCCUGGACCUUGCUGCUAAUGCCAUCACUCAUGUGCAAGGCCUGGACACACUCACCAGCCUGGAAGACCUGUGGUUGAACGACAACCGCAUUGAGUCACUCGCGCAGCUCAUGGCCGCUCUGCAGGUGCUUCAUGCACUCACUGCAUCCGCCCGCAUGCCCUCAUGCGCCACUGCCCCUUGCCCUCAUCCCUCACCCCAUGGCCCCACCAGUUUGGAGGAUCUCUGGCUGAACGACAACCGCAUCGAGUCACUCGCGCAGCUCAUGGCCGCUCUGCAGGUGCUUCCUGCACUCACUGCAUCCGCCCGCAUGCCCUCAUGCGCCACUGCCCCUUGCCCUCAUCCCUCACCCCAUGGCCCCACCAGUUUGGAGGAUCUCUGGCUGAACGACAACCGCAUUGAGUCGCUCUCACAGCUCAUGGCCUCCCUGCAUGUGCUUCCCGCACUCACCACCUGCACUCACUGCAUCAGCCCCCAUUCCCCCAUCCAUCACCCCAUGGCCCCGUGCAGUCUGGAGGACCUGUGGCUGAACGACAACCGCAUCGAGUCGCUCGCGCAGCUCAUGGCUGCGCUGGACGGCCCCAAGGCAUCGCUCGUCACUCUCUACCUCGAGCGCAACCCCUGUGCCAAGGAGGCAGGGUACAUAGAGACUCUCGCCAUGAUGCUGCCCAGGGCAGAGGAGAUCGACUCCAAGCCCAUUGAGACCGCAAGCCAAGCCCCCUCCUCUCCUCAUCCCCUUCCCCCCUCUCCUUGA